UCCGCCCCGUGCCCGUACCCAUGCGCGCGCGCGUGAGCCACACCUAAAAGCCCAUCGACCCCAUCACCCCAUGGUCGCCGCGGCGGAUGCAUACGCUGGACAUGGCCGUGCGCCGCCUCCUCAGCGCCCUCGACGCCCGCGUCUCUCACUCGCCGAGGCCUCCUCCGCUGCCACCUUCACCGGCCCAGCAGGGGACGUCCUUCCCCAUGCUGCUCCCGGUCUUCCUCCUCUUCGUCCUCCUCCUCUGCUUCCUCUCCAUCUUCCUCCUCCGCGACCUCCUCCGCUUCUUCUCCCUCUGGCUCCGCCGCCGCCGCCGCCGCCUCCAGUCCAGCGACGCGGACGCCGCAACGGGCGAAGAAGACGCGCCCGCGCCCGCGCCGCGCAAGCCGGCGGGCCUGGAUCCCGCCGUCAUCGCCUCGUUCCCCACGGUGCGGUUCGAGGCCGACGCCGCCGGCUCCGCGGCGCCGGCGGAGUGCGCGGUCUGCCUGUCCGAGUUCGCGCCCGGCGACGCCGUCCGGCCGCUCACCGUCUGCCGCCACGCCUUCCACGCCGCGUGCAUCGACUCGUGGCUCGGCGCGCACACCACGUGCCCGGUCUGCCGCACCGACCUGGGCGCUCCGCCCAACGAGGAGAUCGCCGUCGCGGAAGAACACGGAGACCGUGGCCAGGCUGCAGCGGCGGUCCACGAGGCCACUGGACGCCGGACAACGUCGUCACCUCCGGCAAGUGGCCAGCGGUAACCAACGGUCGCCGGCCACGCAACACUGAGUGGCGAUCCGGGACUUAUAAGUCCAUGUUGCACCGCUGCAACGAACCAAGGCAGAACGAACCGAGGCGGAGCGGCGAUGGGGCGGUGAACCGAGGCAGAACGAAC